ACAUUUGUUUAACAAUUUGUUUUAAAAAUACUUCAGUAUCCUCAAAAAAGUUAUUAUUUGCAUUCUAUACAAAUAAUUAGGUAGGAAAGUAUUAAUUGCUAACCAUUUUCAAAUCUCACAGUUUGGUAAGGAGCAGACAGUGCGUGAUAAAUAUUUUCAGUUCCCAGAAGAUAUCUCUCGUUGAAGAAGGAAGUCAAAUUUUGAGAAGGCGGUGAAAUUUUGUGCAAGAUGUUUUGCAAACUCACCAAAAAACAAACUACUAUUCUGAUCGGAGUGGUAUUUUUUGCAUUGAUUAUCAUCGGUGUGGGAACGGUGCUGUACGUUAAUCAAACACAGCAAAAAAGUCAUCAGAUAAAACGUCUUGGCGCCGCUGUUACUAACGGACCAGAGUGCGCCGUCAUUGCAAGAGACAUUAUUAAUAAGGGUGGAUCGGUGGUGGAUGCUGGCAUAGCAGCUGCUUUAUGCGAAGGUGCUUCAAUGUCACAGAGUAUGGGUCUAGGUGGCGGCUUUUUCGCCACUAUAUAUAUUAAAGAUACCGGAAAAGUUUAUACGAUCAAUGCGAGGGAGACUGCUCCGCAGGGCGUCACUGCCGAUAUGUAUUAUGGUAAUCUGAAUGCAUCAAGAACUGGUGGCUCGGCUGCAGCGGUCCCUGGAUUGAUCAGAGGGUUUCAAGAACUUCAUAAGCGAUUUGGUGUGUUACCUUGGAAAGAUCUUUUCCAGCCUACUAUAAAGAUGUGUCGUUCUGGAUUGUUAGUUAGCGCAUAUCUUGAUGGUGUAUACCGCAACAAUGUCGAUUUCUUAAAGAACACCAAAAGUUUUAGCAAUUUCAUCAACCCUAAAACUGGUGAACCGUUCACGGAAGGUGAAAGACUACUGCAAUUAAAGCUCGCUGAAACGUUAGAGGUCAUCGCCAGUGAACCAGACGCUUUAAAUGCAGGUUCUUUAACAAAAGGUUUUGUCCAAGAUGUUAAAGGCCUGGGUGGAAUCAUAACGGAAGAAGAUAUGAAUUCAUACAAAGCCCUUUGGACAGAACCUUUGGUAAUACCCCUAAGUAAUAACUAUACGUUGUACACAAUUCCUCCGCCGGGGUCAGGGGUGGUACUGGGACAUAUUUUAAAACUGCUUAGCGAGAAUUUAGAAUACGAUUUACUGGACAAACUGAAUAAUUGGCAACGCAUUUUGGAAAGUUUUAAGUUUGCGUACGGCAUGCGGACACAUUUGGGUGACCCGCUGUUUAUGCCUGAAGUUAAGACAAUUGUUGAACAAAUGAUGUCGCCGGAGUUUAUAUCUGAAACCCGCCUUAAAAUGCGUGAUAAUACCACAUUUCAAGAUCCGGAAUAUUACGGUGCAAAUGUUAGUGCGGUGGAGGAUCAUGGUACUGCACACAUUAAUGUCUUAUCACCAAAUGGAGACGCUUUCACGUUCACAGCCAGCAUCAAUUCAAUUUUUGGGGCAAAGGUAAUUUCCAACUCAACUGGAAUCAUUCUUAACGACCAAAUGAACGACUUUGCUACCCAGCGGUUGGACAGUGUUGGCGUUGCUGUUGCCACCGCCAAUUUGAUCGAGACAGGUAAAAGGCCACUGUCAUCGAUGUGUCCCAGUGUGAUCCUCGAUAGUGAAGGUCAUGUUCGAAUGCUUGUGGGUAGUGCCGGCGGGUCCGUUAUCACGACCGCAACAGCGCUUGUCAUUCUACGCCAUCUUUACUUUAACCAACCUCUGCAUGAGUCCAUUGGCAGCGCACGCAUGCACCACCAGCUGUAUCCUAUGCUUGUAACCUAUGAUUCUGGGUUUACCGAUGAGCUGUUAGAUGGUUUGCGACACCUUGGGCAUAAGAUGCAACUCUGGUCACCGGGCAAUUUGUUUGCGUCUGUCACGGCGGUGAGCAACUACAGUUUGACGGUGGAUGCAUCUUCGGAUCCAAGACGUAAUGGAUCCCGAGUCAUGAUAUAGAUUUAUAUAUAAUGAUCUGUAAAUUUAAAUUUGUACUUUUUUCUGUAAUGCCUUAAUGCCCUAAUUACAAUAUCAGGAAAUU